AUGUCCAGUAUACGUGAAGAAAUGGUGACUUCGGCAGUGGAGUUUCUAAAGAACCCACAGAUUGCCGAUUCGCCUCUUGCAAAAAAGAUCGAAUUCAUUGAAAGCAAAGGCUUGAAUGAAGCCGAGGUUAAGGAGGCAUUGCUGAGAUCACAGGGUGGUAAUGGUUCGUCCUCAGUUGCCUCCCAAGUGUCAUCGUAUUCUCCCUCAGCAUCUCAGUCUAGUGUAGCGCCAUCUCCUCCUCCUUUUCCUGAUCAUUAUAGAAAUGCCCCGCCAUUGCCCGAAAGAGACUGGAAAGAUUAUUUUGUAAUGGCUACAGCUACUGCCGGUGUUUCGUUUGGGCUUUAUAAAGUCAUCAGCAACUACGUUUUACCAAAACUUCUGCCCCCUUCGAAGGAAGCUAUUGAGUUGGAUAAAGAAGCUAUUGAUCGUGAAUUUACUCGCGUGGAAGCUCUGCUCAACACGUUUGAAGAAGACCAAAAAGCGUUUUAUGAGGAACAAAGAGAGAAGAGCGGCAAGAUUGAAGAUACUCUGACUGAAAUUGAUGCAAUAAUUUCCAAAACUAACGAGAAGAAUUUAAAUAACGAGGAAUCCUUGAAGUAUUUAAAGCUGGAGAUUGAGAGCAUAAAGAAUACGUUGAUGAAAAACAUUGAUUCGCAAAAGUCUACCAUUUCCAGUGAACUUGGUAGUAUUGAAGCCCAAUUAGAUGAAUUAAAGAAACUCAUUGUAGCGAAACCUGAAGAUGAACCCAUCCGAGCAGCUCCCCAGCCGUCAUUAACAACCGGCGCUAAUAGCUUAACCUCCGAAAGCUCUGGUAGGUCUUCAAUUCCUCACAGCCAGUCUGUACCAAUAAGGACACAACUCACAACUCCUCCAUCGGACUCUGACACAUCUGGUCCUGCCAAAUUGCACAUUCCGCCAGCAACAUCGAUCCCAUCAUUAAAGGACAUUUUGAGAAAAGAAAAGAAUAGAACCGUCGAUACUUUUUCAAAGAGUAAUCUAGGUAAGGACCUGGAAAGCGUGGCUCAGUCCGAUCCAGAUAAAGUUGAGAAGUACGAAGGCCGCAGAGAUCUUAAAAGUUUGGAGCGUCCCGAGGAGGACGAGAAAAAGGAGGACGACGUUGAAGAUGGAGGGGAUAAGGACAAACUGGCUUCUUCCCUGGAGUCCGUCAAGCUUCCUCCAAGCUCCGAGCAGGUACAAGCACCAGCUCCAAAAGAGAGGACAUCGAGUAGUUCUUCUAGAAGCGGUAUACCAGCUUGGCAGUUGGCAGCUCAAAGCUGA